AUGACCGAGCUUGAACAUUUGAAAGAAAUUGGACAAAAGAAGUUCCAGGACCAAGCUGUUUGGAUGUUAAAUGCGAUGUGGCCGAAAGAGCAAGACAAGCGUGCCGAAGAGCUCUGGAAUUUAGUAGUUCUCUUUUCGAGUUUAGAGCUUGAGAAUGGGAAAGAGGGUUGUGAUUUAGAUGAGAUGAACAUGCACCGUGUUUUUGAGAAAUUGAAUGCCCAACAAACCUUCCAAGAGAUGAGAAAUCACAUGAGAAAAGUUGGUGUGACUUCCUUUAAAAAGAUUUCUAUGAUCAAUUUCCUCAUCUUCCACUUUGGGUAUGACUGGAAGGAAGUCGUCGAAGCCCCACAAGGCGGCAAUUUAGAAGGCAUUGAGAAGGCCAAAAAAAUGUUAGAAGAAGUCACAGUAGCUUUUGAGAGUGCUCAAAAGAAGGCUGAGGAGUCCAAAGCGGCUGCUGAAGAGUCGAAGAAAAAAGCUUCUGAGGCCACCAAAGCUGCCAAUGAAGCCGCACAGAAAGCAGAAGAGAGUAAAAAAGCUGCAGAAGCUGCUGACAGUCGUGCCAAAGCGUCUGCACAAGCUGCCGAGCAAGCCAAAAAGGACGAGGAGACUUCAAUAGCCAAAGAGAAAGAUGCUGAAGCUGCCAAAGCUGAGGUGACCAAAGCGCUGAAUGAUGUGAAAGCACAAGAAGCUGCCAAAGAGAAGAAAAGAGCUGAUUUAAAGAAGAAGAUCGAGACUGCUGGACUCGUCGCAAAGAAUGCGGCCAUUCAAGAACUUGCCAAAUUAGAUAAUGAAGAUGACUUGCCAUUAAGAAGAGCCAAAAUCACUUUAGAAGCCGCACAGAAGAGAGCUGACAAAGCCGUCAAAAUCGCAACAGAAACAAAGGAAAAGGCUAUCGAAACUGCUAAGAAAGCCGACGAAGCCAAAACCGCUGCUGAAGAAGCUAAAGUACAAGCCGACGAAGCUCUCGAAGUCUCUAACAAAGCAAAAGAAGAAAGUGAAAAAGCAAAACAAGAAGCAGAAGAAGCAGAGAAACAAGCCGUUGAGGCUCAAGAAGAGGCUGAAAAGGCAGUCCAAGAAGCUAACGACAAAGUCGCAGAGGCUGAAGCAUACUUGGAAGAGCAAAAGAAGAAGGCUGAAGGUGCCGGUCAAGGCACAAUCUGGUUCAUGCAAAGAGAAGUCACUGAGAAGAAGAAGUUUAUGCCUGCAAGUAAAGGUGGUAUUGCUAAGAAAUAA